AUGAGCUCCGGCGUCAAGCGACAGCGGCAACCAGCCGCAUCCUCCAAUGCCGAGUCCUCCAAGAAGCGACGUACCCAGACGCGCGCAGCACCCAAGAGCCGCGGUCCCUACCGUUUCACCUUCGGCAAAUACAGAGGCAAAACCAUACAAGAAGUACACAAUGUAGACUAUAGUUAUAUCGAAGACUUCAUCGUCUUCAACGGGAUGACAGGUCAACACGACUUACUCCAGAAACAUCCUGCACUGAGAGCUGGUCUGCGCAACCUACCGGAGUCUUGGUUGGAACGAAACCCACGCUUAGAACAACUUCUGGACAACGACCAGCCAGGUGGUCCCAGUAUUUACGAGUACGAGGCCGUGGUCCCGAUGCAAGGUCAUCUGAGGAUGAACGAACGGAGCAGCACUUGCAGGUUCUGGGAACUGAUGGACCGUGACAAUUGCAUGGUAUUUCACGAGGACCUCUCGCGAGAUGUCAAACUGGACGAAUUCAAGGAAGCGCUGGACGAUUCACGUUUCGCCAAUGGAUUGAGUCCGAUACACAUAGCAUUCACUGCAACGGUCAUCCGUGCUGAGCGACAUUUUACGGAGUUCGGAGUAGGUGGCUCGUGGGGCGAUCCGUUAAAGAUACUGCCAUGUGGUUGGCCUUGGGAAUCUCCUCUGAGUACCGAAGUCAAAGUGGCACUCACUGGUCAGGACACGGUGUGGGCAGAGAACCUGAAGUCUGUGGUAGCCGGGCAUUAUCGUUUCAGUGGAAGUCUUGGUACCGGAUCUUCUCCCCCCAAUGAUUGGCCCAAGAGUCUCGACGUUCUCAAGGAUCCUGAGACUGUCGAACCGAGGAGAGGGUGCUGCUUUCGAAUUGCUGGUAGAGUCAAAAAGGUGGAUGGUAGGAGUGUCAAAGUGAGCGUCAAGAGGGAGAAGACUCGUUAUGCGGAUGGCUGGGAGAAGGAUGUCACUGUGGAAUUGUCGAAGGACGUUCAGGAGCCUGAUGUCGGCGCGUCAUGUGUGUUCAAGGGUCAUCUCGAAAGAUUUACUCCAGUUUUCAAGGAUGUAAAGUUCAUCGCGGAGACAUGUAAGAAGGUUGAAGAGUCAACAUCCGCGUCGUAG